ACCCUCUUCUACCCCUGUCUCUCUCCUCAAACCAGAGCUCCAAGUAGCCUCCUAUGGUAGCUUGAAAAAAAAUAAUAAUAAAAAAUACAAUAAAGUUUGACCAAGAUGUCUUACUCGAGAGCUGAUUCGAGCUUAGACGACGGCGAUCGCCAACAGAACAUGGGGUCUGUUGGUGGCGCCGGCAACCGUCGCCGGAGAACAGCAAACGAGUUCUCCGGCGACGGUUGCAGGGAUCCGGAGACAUGGAAUGCAUUUGCGGACAGUUUUAGUCAAGUGCAGUCGGUGUUGGAUCGAAACAGGAUGUUGAUCCAGCAGGCCAACGAGAACCAUCAGUCGAGGAUGCCGGAUAAUAUGGUUAAGAAUGUGGCGAUCAUUCAGGAAUUGAAUGGGAACAUUACAAAAGUCGCGUCGAUUUACUCCGAGUUGUCAGGGAAUUUCACCGGCAGGGUGAAGCAGCAACGGCAAGGAGGUGGAGGAAAGGGAGGAAGUAGCAAUGGGAGGAGGGAUAACGAGUAAAGGGGGAAUGUAAAAAAUAAAAAAGAUUAUCUGCCUUGGUGUGAUUUAUUACUAAUAAAUAGUACUAGUUGCUACUAAUUAGUUUUCUCAAGGAAAAAAAAAUAAAAAUAAGAAGGGGAAUUUGGCUCCUUUGUUCAAUUUUAUGUACUACAUGUAAUUUAAGCUUUGUGAUGUAAGGAUGACCAUUGAUUGGUAAUGAAUCGGUAUGAGUUUGGUAAUGAA